UGCUAAGUUGUUUACAAUAAGUCUUAUUUAUAAUAAAAUAAAUGCUGAUAAAGUGUUUACGAUAUUUGAUACAAUUGCGUUUUUAUAAAAUGUCCUUCAAGAAUUUUCUACAUGUAAUUUGUGUGUGUGUGUGUGUGUGUGUAUUAUGUGAUUAACCGAAGAUCGGGGUUUGUGGGAGUGUGAUAUUUGGUUAUUGUGAGCAUGUGGUAUUUUGAUAAAAACUAUUUUAUAUGAUUAAAUAUUUUUAUUAAUGAAGCAGUGGCGUAGUCGCUCAUCGUUUUUCUGUGUUUACAAUGACAUGUGAAAUUUUAGCAACAUUAUUUAUUUUAAUAUUGAAAAUUAAAAAUAGAAAGAUUAAUUCUUCAUGUAAUAUAGAUGUAAAUGAGAAUAUAUUGUGUAUAUUAUUGAUUUGAGUUACAAUGGUAAUAUACUUAAAAACCAGCAUCGUAGUCGUUCUACAUUAAUUUGUGUACAGUUGCAAUUUCCAUUGGUAUGGCAAUCAUCAACAAUUAUCGUAGAAAUUCCAUAUUUUUCACAUUUCUUUUCUAAAAAUUCAGCUUUUUGAUUACCACAAACGUAAGUGUAAUCAACAUUAGGCAUUGCGCUUCUCAAAAUCUCAUCCAAUUUUGAAUAAUCAACAUCUCCAGAAUACUUAAUUCCAUGAAUGUUACGUUCCAAAAACUUGCUAGUUUUUUUAUCUUGAUUGUUUAAUAAAUGGAAGGGUAUUAGCGGCGUAAAUAUGUAGUGUCUAUGUUUAAGACCGAUUUCAAUGGACAGUUCCUUCGGACAGAAUGUACCUUCGACAGUGAAGUCUUGAAUGUCAACGAACGCUAUUCUCAUCGUAGUUCAUUUGUAACUGACACUUUUCCACCGCCUGAUUGAGAAUUAUAUGAUCGUUUUGAUAAUUUCUGCUAGCGGGUAAUACUCCAAUAAACAGUCAUGUAUAAUUAUACAAUAUGCUCAAGUUUUUGCAGGAAAUCCUACACCUACUUCAAUUUCCACUUUUAUAUCGAUCGUUGAUGCUCUAAUUCCCUCCUACUAUGUUUGUAUUAGUAUAGCUUCUAUAGAAUGAAGUUUAAUUAUAAUAGGCAAGACUAUAGUCGUUCUGUUCAAAAUACAUCUUUCUCCAUCCAAAUUCUUCGUUCAAAGCCAAUCUUAUGUUGUUGGUGUUCAAGUGAUGAAAUUGUGAGGGAUCGUUUGUUUUUAUGUUCGUCUAUCAAUUUGGAAGCAAACGAUAACAUAUCGAGGUCUCUCGACGAAGGAACUCGUUUUAACUGACCAAAUCUCAUUUUUAGCGUCUUUCGUUAACGUAGGUGAAACACAAAGCUCCCAUUUUCUGAACGGAAUGAAUAUUGAUUUUUACUUGCUCCAUCAUUCGUAAUUUGAUUUCAUCGUUAGGAUAGACAUUUUAACUUUCAAUGCGAUGCUAUCUAUAACAAACUUUAUUGUUGUGUUAGUUGUAGUACUACCAAUGGCUGUUUCAUUUACUAUUACGACAUCGUUAUCAUGCCGAGAACAAAUGAAUCUAAAAGUUUGUUUUCCAUAUGUCAUUUGGGGUCAUCCAUACAUUACGUAAGACUUUUUCGACCCCUCCCCUCCCUUAUCUUACAUAAUUUUUAUACAUAAUGAAGAUCACGUAAUUUCUGUAUAAAUCAAAAGUAUGGUUUUUUAUCAAAGAAUUUUCUGGCUCAAUUAUAAUAAUUUUCAAUAUAAUUUUGAACUACAUAAUGAACUAUGUUCUGAAAGAAAGAGUAUUCAUGUUUUCUUAUUCAGAUGACCACGGUUUUUGGUCCCACUCUUCAAUCGAUUUGAUAAUUGGAAUGGAAGUAUCAGUUUCGGGAGCAUCAUUACGCCGAUCGACGCAAUUUUUCACGUCCUCGACAUCAAUUUCACUUUCGACACACCAAUCUGAAUCUUUGCUACGAGUAACUUCAUCUUCAAAAACGCAUAAAACGUUUUUUCCUUGAGCAUCAAUGGACAAGAGCUCUCUUGUUUUUUUUCUUUGGCAGUCAAUUUGUGAUUUAAUGCUUUCAUAUGUAGCGUAGCUGUUUUCUUUGUAGCAAAAUACAGUCCACGCGUCAACAUAUUCUGUUUUCGAGUUGAGAUUGAACAGUAGGGUAAAAAUAAUCAUAAGGCAAUUGUAAAAAUCCUUCGAACUGAGGACUUUUUAAGUUCUGUAGAGCCAGUCGUUGAAACAACGGUAAAAAUUUAGCAUCACUUUUAUCCUUUGCAGCAACUAAGAAACCUGUUUCUUUAUUUUAUUUUGUUAAAUAUGGAGGUGGCAGAAAACCAGUCGGUAGAAUCGAACGCAAUUCACUUCUGUGAGGUCCACAGCAAUCAAUGUCAGUACAUUUAGAAAUCUACAAGAAAAAAAAAUAAAUAUGAAUUGUUAUUUCAGUAUGUGUUAAAUUAAAAUGACUCCUAUAAAUAAUAACCUGUAAAAGAUACUGGGAUUCUCGCACGUGAACUGAGUACCAUUUUGCAUCAAUGUCGAUUAAUGACAAAUUAACUGGUAUGCUAUUAGAUUGUUUGAAUUCAGCAAACACUUCGUAGCCAUCUAUUACACUCAUUCCAAAGUGUACCUAACAUUUCUCCUGCAGCGGCGAAGUUUUGUUGCUCCAAUUCACUAUCUAUCGUCUUGCCGUUAGAGUCAAGAUGAUUAUCAAACUGAUCGUGACGUAAAAUUGGAAGGAAAAAAAUUGUUAAAAAGUAAGUAAUCGUAUUCACUUGAUAAAAUAAAAAUAGUUAUAAUAAUUUAAAUUGACAAAAAAUACAGUAUUUUCUCAUUUUAAAAGCUAUAUUUUAGGUUAUGCUCACUGGAUUAAUGUAUACUAUUGGAAUAAUAUUGAAAUAUAUCAAAUUAAAUAAUACUGAUUAUUUGUUCUAGUGUCAUCAAUGCAUGUUUUAACAUUAUCUGCAAUACCAACCUUUUUUAAGGACAAUAUCGCCCAACUACAAAGAGGUGAAAAAAAUGAUUUUCGAUCCUGCUGUUUCCCCUGCCCUACUUCGAGGUGAAGUUACAGCCAGUAUGAAGAAUAGAACUUAUAAUGUUGAGGUUUCCAUUGAUUACGAGGAUGGUAUAUUGGAUGCCACCUGCUCCUGCCCCAGGGGACAAGCAGUAUGCCAUCACAUGGCAGCUGUAUGUUUUCAUGCACACAACAACGUCAGUGUUACUGACAAAACCUGUGUGUGGAAUCAACGCAAACCUACUGGCGAUGGAGAAAAAAUUGUGAGGAUUAGUGAUCUCUACAAACCAAAAUUUUCUAAUUAUCAUGCUUUUUCGAGACCAGCAUCAACCCAAGAAAUGGCAGAUUUUAGGAAUGAAUUAGGAUACUCUAAUCCAGUUGGAUUUACAUGGCUGUUUAUGCCUGAGCAAUCACAAUUGACAAGCAUAAUAAAGAAUAUUGAAGAUAUUUUAUAUUCACUAGAGUAUACACAGGCUACUGACAAAGAGACAUUUUUAAAAUCAAAAUGCUCAGUAGAUAUCGAUACUAUAAAUAAAGUUGAACAAAUAACUAGAGGACAGUCAAUUAAUGAAAAUUGGCUAGUUGCUAGAAAGUACAGAAUAACUAGUAGUAAAUUUGGCUCUAUACUGUCAGCCUGCAGGAGGAACAAAUUCUCAAAAUCUUUAUUUUCAAGCCUACUAGAAGGGUACGAGCUGGAUGGUAUACAAGCGAUAAAGUGGGGAAAAGAACAUGAAGUGACAGCAAUUGCUGUAUUUCAAAAAAUUACCGGAUUAUCAGUGGAUCCAGCCGGAUUUUGCAUGGAAUAUUGUGGAUUUUUGGGUGCUAGUCCUGAUGGGUUUGUUAGCGAAAGAUGCUUAAUUGAAGUAAAGUGUCCCUUCAAACACAGAAAUGUUGGAAAAUUGAGACCAGUGUUAAAAGACAAAAACUACAUAGUUUACUUUGAAGAAAACUUGAUGAUAAUUAACGAGAAUCAUCACUAUUAUCACCAAAUACAAGGUGCGUUACAUAUUGCUGAAAAGGAUAUAUGCUAUUUAGUAAUAUGGGUACCAAGUGACUGUAUCAUUGUACGAAUUGACAAGUUGAUACAAUGCAAAGAUAAACAUGUUUUACAAGUUAAAUAG